GCUCUCACACUCGAUGCAUAGCAGAGUUUUCAAGGAGCAUGGCGUACAGAAGAACAAUUAAGACGUGGCCCAGGCCUUCUUUAGUCUUCGCAUUGGCAACGACGGUACUAUGUUGUCUGGUGUCCUGUACUCAAUCACACAGUUUGAGGAAAGCCUUCCACAGAAGUGUGGACCCUGAGGCAAAUUAUCAAGAGGGGAAGAUUCUGUUUGGCAACUUCUUUGACCAAAAUGGAGCCCAGCCUGAUGUUGUUAAGUCUCCCUUCACUGAAGAUGCAUCGGAUUUCCAAGAAGGAUCACCAGGCCUUCCUCUAGAUCCCAGGGCCAUGAGGCAGUGGAGCAGCAUGGAGCCUUCCUGCCAGUGUGCCCCGAACCAGAUGUGGCUCCUAGCGAAGGAACCCGGGGCGUCACAGCUGGCGUUGGCCCAAGGCGACAAAAGCAGCGCGGCACUUCCUCUCGCCAGUGUCCCCGAGUCCUGUGGUUACACGGUUAACCAAGACUCUGCUGGGCUUGAGCUGACCGUGCCGUACGACGGCUGUAAAAUCACGGAGAAGGAUGGACGAUACCUACUGCCAAUGCUUUGGCAAGGAAUUCCCAUCAUGCUCUCUUGCCCCAAAGCUCAGACAUCCAGUCCUAAGGGGCAACAACAAGUAGUCCAUCCACUACAGAUACCAACUGUGACGCAUCCGCCAGUUCAGGCAAAAGAGCCGCCACAAACUACUGCCACUCCGCCAGCUGAUCCAUCCUUUCCAUUAUACCAGCACCCCUGGCACCCUGCAAUGAUGCCUAAUUACCAAGGUUAUCCAAACUGGCACCACAUGGUCAAUCCUCCCCAGGUACCGACUGCCCCCUCCACGACUUCUGCCCCUACGACUGCAGUACAUCCGCCAUUAAUGCCAUCCAUUCCAUUAUACCAAAACCUGUGGAAUCCUGCCUUGCUGGCUCCUUACCAAGGUAAUCCCUAUGGGCACGGAAAACUCAAUCCUCCCCAGGCACCCCCUUCAACUGUAGCCCCUACGACUGCUGCACAUCCGCCAAUAAAAGGCAAAGAUCUGCCACAGAUGAUUCCUCCAGCUGCGAAACCAUCUGACUUGUACAAGUGGAAUCCUCUAUUGAUGCCUCCUUACCACGGUUUUCCAUACUGGCCCCACAUGGUCAAUCAUCCCCAAAUAAAGACGGCAGCACCUACGACUACAGUACGACCACCAGAAACGACUCCACCAGCUGCUGACACUAAACAAUCAGACUUGUACCAGUGGAAUCCUCUAUCGAUGCCUCCGUACCAUGGUAAUCCUUACUGGCAGCACCCGUGGAAUCCUCUUUUGAUGCCUAAAUUCAGCAGUGAUCUAACUGUGCCGCAGCAUCAACGAUACUCUGCCCCAAGUCCCCACUACCAACUCCAAGGCCCCCAAACCACGAUGACUGAUCCGGCAACGGCGGCGCAUCAGCCAGCUGGUGCCAUUGCACCAUCUUAUCCAUCUCUGACCCCAUUCGACCCAUUACUCCAGUCGAAUCCUUCAACGAUUCCUCAAUCUGAAAGUUUUCCAAAUGGGAAGCAACAGUGGCAUCCUAGUCUAAAGCCUCAAUCCUCAAACAGUGAUCAAAAUGUGCAGCAACAAUUGAUUCCUCCAUGGAUGCUGCCCUCAAACAGUUAUCCAAUUAGUCCUCAACAUGGGAUCCCUGCAUCGAUGGCUCACCCGAGUGCUCCAGUUGGUCAGAAACAGGGGAACCCUCAAUCGAUGCCUCACCCGGGGAGUGCUUCAAAUGGGCAGCGACGGGGAAACCCUCCAUCGCUGCUUCCCCGCAACGGUGAUCUAAAGCAGCGACCGUGUAACGUUCCCUUUAUACCUCGCUCUGACCAUCUUCCAAACUGUUGGAACUGGUAAUUUCCUGCAGUGUCUCAAAUAAAACAUUGAACUGUU